UUAGUUGGUAGAAAUAAUGGUUUACAAACGAGAUACAAUGAAUUGAACCAAAGAUUUGAAAGGAUGGAGGAGGAAAAGGAAGAAUUGAACCAAAAAAUUGAAGAAUUGAGAGGAAGAAUUGAAAGAGAAACGCGACAUUUAGAGGAAGUAAGGAAUGCUCGAAAUGAGGAAAGAUUGCGAGGGGAGGCUUCGGGUUUACGAAUACAAUUAAACGAUAGCCGUCUGCUAUUAACAGAAAGUCAAAACGAAGUGGCUAGGUUAGAAAACAAUGUGAACGAAAAAAAAGCAGAAAUUGAAAAUCUCACCGAUCAACUCAAUACUUUGCAACUAGUAAGCAACAGCAUAGAUAUCCAACUGCAAGUUGCUAAUCGGGAUUUAGAGAGAGUUCAGCAAGAAAGAGACGAAAGAAUAACUGCUACUGAUUUACAAGCAUUACUUUUUGAGAUGGAAAAUAGAGAUAGAGAAGUUACUUCGUUAGGAGAACAGUUGGGACAGUCACGCGAAAGUGGGCUUACGGAAAAACUUCGUAAUAAGGGACAGAAACUAGAAAACUUUACUCAUCGUUUAGGGAUGGAGUUGGGACAAAUCCAACUUUUACAGGACAUUUACAAUGAGUUGGUUCGUUCUCGCAAAAACGGAAAUAUGAAUGGUAUUAGAGAAAACCAGAAUCUUAUUGGAGAAAUCAAACAAAAUUUUUUACAGGACCGCAUUCACCUUGAUGAUGUUCAGGGAAUAUGCGAUAAGUGUGAAGAAAUUGCUGAAUUAAAUUUGCAAUUAGAACAGCAAUUUGAAGCCCGACAAGAAAAAUUAAAAUAUGAAACUGGGUUUACUACUGGCUCUGGUGGUUAUGAUUAUGCCGAGGAACUUCGAAGACGCCGAGAAGCAAUGGAGGAGGAAUUGGCAGACAUCAACGAUAAGUUGAAAAAAAUAAGAGAAAUAGAAAAACACUUGGCUCGUUGUGCUACAAUUGAUGCGAUAAAAAUUGAAAUGUCAUUAAAGGGAGUUUGGCAUAAACACAUUGAUAGCAAAAUCGGAGACGAUGAAAACAGCGAUGGCAUCGAUACUAGUGAAUUAGAUAAGUUUAAAAAAUUAAUACUUAAUUUUAUUAGAGAUAAAAAAAUACAACUUGACGAGGAAAAAAUGAGAAAGGCCAAUUCUGACCUGGAAAGAACCAAAAUUAAGGAAAUUGGAGCCAUCGAAAGAGAAUUGGAGAAUAAAAAUCUAAAAGUUGAGGAUUUGAAUGAAGAAUAUCAAGAUUAUGAAGAAAAGAUUAAUAAUUUAACUAAAAUAUUUAAAAUCCGUUCUUUGGCCGAUAAAAUUAUCCGACAUAUUCAUAGUAAAAACGAGAAAAAAUUUGAGUCAAAAAAAAGUUUUGAUUAUAAAAAACCAGACAUGCCCGAAGAAUCUCCAUUAGAACCAAUUGAAAAGGAUGACGAAGAUUUGAUAAAAAGGAUUGAAGAAUUGGAAGCUGAAGUUAGACAAUUAAGAGAAGAAAAGGGAAGUGUGAAAGAAGAUGAAUUGCCCGAAUUUUAUCGUCCGAAAAAAAGUUCUUCUGCCGAUGAGUUCGUGGUUGGAGCAGCAAUGAUGGUGGUAGCAGGAUUAGUGAUAGCAGUAUUGAUUAUAAGAAAGAAAAAG